UGAAAAUUUCAGUUCAAAAAGUCGGGUCCACGUCCCUGGAUGUCAUCCAACUCACCUGUAACGCGCUGCUUCCCGAGAUUGCACGUAACUCAGCGGUGUUUGGUCGACAUCGUGGUACGAUAGUGCAAGCGAUCCCAAAACACCGAUAGUGUUUGGACAACCCCGACAAUAGACCACGAUGAUAUUUACGCAAUCAAUCUUCAGGCCAAGUAAUUGGAUAGGAAUAAAAGGACGAGGGAACAAUGGAGGACACGCGCAGAACACGUGUAACCGAUCAGAUCAUUAACCCUCGAGCUGGAUUCAAGAAACGUAUAUCUUGACUUCCUUGAAAAAUUUCCUCUUGAACCCAAACCUUUUCACCUUCCUCCUCCCUCUCUCAUCUCUCAGGUAAAGUCAAUCAUGGGCAACCCAUCAGAGCACGGAUUAGCUCGCGUCAUCCAUCACAAGGACUAUUAUAUACGCGGUGGUGAUAUGACCGUACUGGUCGAGAAUCAUCUCUAUCGGAUACACAGUUACUUCUUCGAACGUGAAUCGCUGUUUUUCCGCCAGAAGUUCCAGUCAGCCGAAGGCGAGGAACGCGGCUCAUCAGACAACAACGCCUAUACCUUGGAGGAUGUCAAGAGCGAAGACUUUGCACGUUUCCUCUGGGUCUUCUACAACCCAAAAUAUUCGCUCUAUGAGGCGCCUCUCGAGACGUGGCUGAGUAUUCUACACCUCGCCAACCGGUGGAGUUUCAACGAUGUCAAGGAGCUCACUGUACGUGAACUCGAGAAAAUUCAGAUAGAGCCCGUCGACAAGAUUGCAACCUAUCACGAGUAUAGUAUAAACAAGCUCUUCCUCAUCCCAGCAUACAUCGCGGUCUGUAAGAGGGAUAAACCUUUGACAUUUGCUGAGGGCAUGCAGCUUGGGAUGGAGACCGUUCUCCGUGUCGCAGACGCUCGUGAGCGGGCUCGCCAGCGCGCCGCUGAGAAUGGAGUCCGUUCACCUACAUUUGACGAUUUCGAAGACAGUGACAUGGAAUCGAUGGUCAGGGAGGUCUUUGGAAUAACGCCGCGACCAAUAUCGCCGAUUCCGCAGACCAGUAAUUCAUCUGCCUACACCAACGGCUCGACCUUCACAGGCAGCACGAAGGUCAAUGGGUCGACGACAACCAAAGCCAAUGGUGGCUUUUCAGUUCGUACCAAUGGUUCAUCCAACCCUGACCCGGCUGUUCGUUCCUCCGUCGACACCACACACACGUACCACACUGCUAAGGAACAGGCAUCCACUCCUUCGGCUUCUUCGACAACUACGCACGUUCCUUCGCCGUCAAAUAAUGGUCCGAAGCCAGCUGCCUCAGGCCCUGAGAGCAAGCCCGCGCCGCCGGAGAAGGUCAAAGCGCCUGAGCCUACUACGAGCUCUUCUUCCGCUCCGUCCCACUCUACCGAUCCAUCUCAGGCUGGCUCCUACAAACCAUACGGAAUGGGUGAGCCUUCAUCAGUGGCGAGUCCUGUACUUAUAUUGUUCUGACUACGGCUCAUUCUUGGUAUUGCAGGAGGGAACAAAGGAGGAAAAGGCUGGUUCUCAUAGUCCCACCACCGUUGUCAUCCCUGUCGCUGAGCCUGUUGUAUCAACACCCAUUGAUGUUAAGAAUCCCCAUGAGAAUGAGACUAACGACCACGAAAAUGAUGUUGAAAAGGAUGAAACUCAAACCAAGGACAUUGACCUCUCUAGUGUGCUGUCCGAUAGCGAAAGUAUACGUGGCGGCGGGCGAGGUGAGCAUGGUGGUAACAUCAAUUUGAUGUACAUCUCACAAACCAAUUUCAUCUAAGGCGGUCGCGGAGCAAAGCGUGGCGGUGGGCGUGGGUCCGGGGGAGGUGCACGUCCUAAGAAAUAAGGUUAAGUUGGAGAGCAGAAUGUUGGCGCUUGGCAAUUUUCUCCGUUUCCAUUUCAAAAAAACUCACUGUCAAGUUCUGUCGUUUCGAU